AUGACGGGUCUGCCAUGGUGUCUAGUGUUUCGGGAUGCUUCUAUUCAUGGUCACCAAACUAAUAAUUUUUCAGAAUUGAAUGUUCGAAUCUUUAAGGACAUUGUUCUUUCCAGAAACAAAGCAUACAAUGCAGUUUCAUUAGUAGAUUUUAUUUGUACUUCAUUAGAAGAAUAUUAUCUAAGACGUUUACGGACUUUUGUCAAUGGGAGAAACGAUAAAGCUCGACAUAUGUUUGAAGAUCAGCUUAAACGAGCAAAUAGUAUUAAAAAAGACUCAAUAAAACAAUUAUCUGAAAAUAUGUAUAAUGUGCAGUCUGAAACAGAAAAUAAUUUUUAUGAAGUUGAUGUUACAAAUGGAUUUUGCACUUGCCCUAAUGAAAAACUAGGAGCUUUUUGCAAACACCAAGCGGCAAUUUACCAUUAUUAUGAAAUAAAUAUGCCAAAUUUACCAGCUAUUAAUACAGAAUCGCGUUAUUUGUUAGCAAAAUUAGCAUUUGGUGAAAAUGUGCGUGAAAAAUCGUUUUACAUGCCACUUAUAUCAGAAUCAAAUAUGAUAAAUAAUAAUUCUGCAUUGAUAGAAGGAAUAGAUUUACAUAAUCAAAAUAAUGACAAACCUCAUUAUUCAAUGAGUCAAACUUUAAUAGAUAACUGUAACAAUGAUCAUGAAAAUAACUCUGCUUAUGAUUAUACUCAACAAAUUCAAAAUUUAUUAGCAACAAAUUUAAACAAAUAUAACAGUACAGUUUCAAUUUCAGUACUCAGUAAAUGUUUGGAUAGAUUAAAAAAAGUUAAGUCUGUUGCCAUGUGGGAAUCAAUUUUAAGUACUGCUGGAAGUAAAAUAUCUCUGCGACAUCGAUCUCGUGCUACAAUUCAUGUACAGCCAACAACUUUGUCUCGAAGAAGACCUGGAGUUACUAGAGGCAGUAAGCGACUACCUGUAGGACGUCCUAAAAAUAACGAUCCUCUUAAGAAAAAAAGAAGAAGAAAUUUAGCAUAAAAUGUAGAAAAAAAUAUUCCAAAUGCUAAAUCACAUGGGAUAGGUCAUUAA